UUGAAGAGAAGAGCUAUGUUUUCAGCAUUCAAAUAUUAUGCAAUAGACUAUUUACAUGAGAACACAGUUAAAGAAAGGGUUUGCAGAGAUGCUUUGUUGCUUCAGAUCCCUUCAUGUUUAAAUCAAGAUAAAAAUUUUAUUGAUGAUAAAUAUAGGAGUCCAUGGACAAGAGCUAUUUCAGUUCCGGAAAUGACAGAUGAUUCAGUCUUAGAGCAGUGGACAACAAGGUUCUGUGUGGAGGAUUUUCCUGAAAAAAAGACAGUUACAGGAAUGAUGAUUAAUGGUACAUUUGAGGAAAUUGCUCCAAGUUCCAAUCCAAACUCUCCACCUGGAAUAGAGAAUAUCAGCUCAUACCUCAGGAAGAACUAUGAAGAAUACUUUACACCGAUCAAGUGCUCCCCACACUACCCGGGAGUGAAGGCGGAGCACCAAGGAUUACUUAUUGAUGAGGAAAUGAUUUUUACAAAUAAAGCAAUGGACAAUCAUCUACCCACUGUGGAUACUCUCUUGAGCAGACUAAAGCUCUAUCUGGUUAAGGAUCCACUUUUAGAUUUCCAAGAACAGCUUUCCGGAAAGGCUGAUUUCACGAAGUGUUUCUCUGUUCAAGAACGUUCGGAACCUUUUGUGAGAGAUUUCCAUAUGGCUGAAGAGACCUUUUGUAAGAAGAAACUACCACCAGUUUUUCCUUCUGAGUUUGAAUUCUUGAUAUCUACAAUUCCUAAACAAGAAAUUCCCAUUCUACCACUAUCAGAACUGAAGGAGUCAUUAAACUCAGUGCCUGACAUAAUGGGUUAUGUAGAAGAAAAUGAAAAACUUUCCAAAAGAGAUCUUUCUACCAAACGUGAAUUUGAUACUGAGGAUAUGAAAUGCAACUCCACAGAGAUCUCACCUAUUGCAAGCCCAUGUGAACCAGAGUGCAGUGAACCAGGAGAAUUAGAAAUGCCACUAACCAAUGUAAGCUUACCAAGGCAACAUUCUCCAAUGAGUUCAUUAUGUGCAAGAUUUCAGGCAUUUCCAUUUUCUGCUGUGUGUAAAAUCAAUUUGCUUAGUGCCGGAGAAUCAACUAACGAAUACUGUAUGCUGUGGCAAGUGGGAAGCUGCAGAAACUCUCGGGUCUCUUUCUUGCUGACAGUUCCAAGAUGUCAAGAGCCCAGCAGUCAAUAUUCUCUUGCAGACAUGAGGAAUAUCUUUUCUAGCAAAGGAGACAGCCUUGUGAUUAGCCCUGCAAAAGCAAAGAGGUGGAGACAAGCAAGACUAAAUCCAAUACUGGCCGACACCUUGGAGCAUCUGAAGGCAUAUUUGUGUCACAGUGGUCUGUCUUCCCAGGAGACUAAGCUGGGGGUCUUCCUGCCUACAAACAUGCUUCAGCUGGGCCCCUGGUUAGAACAUCAGAAUUGUCCCUUGCCCAUCGUGCCUAUGAGUGCGAAAUCUACCAGUGUUCCCAGAUUAUGUCCACAGAAGAGACCAUUUUCAGAAAAAGAAGUGCCGCAUCUUUGUUUGUCUGAUGAAUGUGUCUCUGUGAAAAAACCGAAAAAGGGAGAAAAUCCAAAGAAUGACCAAGAACUAGCUGAUGGAAUAAUUCAGAAGACAGACAACUGUCAUGUUGGAUUUGAUAUGUCUGAUGAAUGACCAUAUAACUCUGUGCCAUCUGUUGAAUCAGCUUCCUCCUUACGGGUCAAGGCAUCUUACAAUAAAAAACAGAAUGACUUGGACCUUUUGAGCGAGUUUAUUACUCUGAGAAGUAAAUACAAGACUUUGACUUCAGAUGCUGAAGUCACAGGCCAUGACCAAAACAGUGAAUUUCAAGAUGAAGAAAAGUGUUCUCUGACUCUUCAAGAAGAAAGUCCUGUUGUUUCUAAUAACAAAACUCCAAAGGAGAGAAAUCAAGAAAGAACAGAUAAUGUCAUUGAGAUUCAAGCAUCAGACACCCAGUGCCAAGCAUACUGUCUCCUAGAAGCAGCAGCGACUCCCGUCCUAAACAAACUUGCUUGCCUCUGUACUUACCCUGCUGCUAAUUGGAAAUUUGCCACUGUCAUAUUUGACCAAACAAGAUUCUUCUUAAAGGAACAAGAAAAAAUAAUAAAUGAUGCUGUUCACCAAGGUAAAAAUGAUGACAGAGAAAUAACAUUCAGGCACGCUGCUCUCUUACAUCUCCUGGUAACAAUUAGAGACGUCCUUUUAACAUGCAGCUUGGAGACAGCAUUAGGAUAUUUGUCGAAGGCAAAAGAUAUCUACAAAAGUGUGUUAGAUUCCUGCUUGGAUAACAUUUGGAGACAGCUGAAAACUUUACAGUUUAUUAUGGAAAAAGGGCCAAAAACCAACUAUAAGAUCCAAGAAUUGCAAUGUCAGAUACUAAGCUGGUUGCAAAGUCAACAGCAAAUUAAGGUACUGAUUAUACUAAGAAUGGACUCAGAUGGAGAAAAACAGUUGCUUAUUAAAACCCUUAAGAACAUAGAAGGUUUAACACUGACUGUUUUACAUUCAAAUGAAAGAAAAGAUUUUCUGGAAGCUACUGGUGUUUUAAAAGGGACAAGUUCCUGUGUGGUUGUGCAUAAUCACUGUAUCAGAGCAGAUUUCCCCUGGAGCAGCUUCUCACUCGUGGUGGAGUACAAUCACGUGGGGCACUCUUGCUGGGACAAGCUCUGCCAGCAGUUGAGUAUACCUUUCCUGGCCUUCAAAGUCGUGGUUCCAGACACAGCUCUGAAAAGAAACACCUUGCUGGAUAGAUUUGGUGGGUUUCUCUUGGAGAUUAAGAUCCCAUACAUAUUUUUUGCAUCUGAAGGAGUGCUUAAUACCCCAGAAAUGCUCCGGCUGCUGGAAUCUGACUAUAAUAUUACACUAGUGGAGAGAUGCUGCUGUGAGUCACUGAAACUGUUUGGAAGCACAGAGCAUUAUGUAGUAGUAACAGUUGAUGAGCAUACCGCUGUGGUUGUGCAGGACCUAGAAGAAUUACAUUAUGAGAAGGCAUCAGAUAAUAUCAUUAUGAGAUUAAUGGCAUUGUCAUUCCAGUAUAGCUGUUGUUGGAUAAUACUGUAUCCCAAGGAAACAUUAAGUUCAGAGUACCAUCUCACGGAGAAGACACUCCAUCACCUUGCACAGAUUUAUGCAGCUUUGGUUCCCUCUGGUCUUAAAUCUGAAGAACUGGAUGUAAAGCUUAUAAUUGCCCCAGGAGUAGAAGAGACGGCUUUAACAAUUCGACAAAUUGCAGACCACAAUUUAAUGACGUCGAAGAGAGAUCCUCAUGAAUGGUUGGAUAAAUCCUGGGUUGAAGUUUCACCGUCUAAGGAAGAAAUGAGCCUCCUCGACUUCCCGUGCAUUAACCCACUGGUGGCUCAGCUCAUGUUACACAGAGCACCUUCGCUGCACUGGCUGCUGAGGGCAACGCCCACGGAGCUUCAGGAACUCCUACCCCAGGUUCCUGGCAAGGUUCUGAAGCAUUUUUGUAGCAUCACUUCCUUGUUCAAGAUUAAUUCUUCCUCCAUGACAAUGUCACCUCGAAUUUCAUCACUUCAGGAGGAUAUGAAUGAAACCAGUCCCUUUAUUUCUCAGAGUUCAGCUCUUGUCAUUCAGGAACAUGAGGAAUAUCAUUCCUAUGAAGACUCAGAAGAGACAAUGCAGGAAGGCACAAGACAAACACUGAGCAUGUUGCCAUCUGCAGCAGCAUCUCACAGUCAGACCAGCUACUGGAAAGACUCCAUUUGUGGUCCUAACACAGUGCAGAAUAACCCCUUUCUAAUUAAUAAGGAAUCAAAGAAAGUGACUUGGCAUUCCUUUCCAAGCCAGGAUGAUUCAGAAUCAGGUGUCUUUUCUUUGGGCCUAACACAAAUAAAUUGUGAACCUGAAGUGUCACCAGCUGAUACUCAGAGGAGAGUUACUCAUAAUUUUGUUAAUUAUCCUAAAGCAAAAGGAAGCAGAAACAUGCAAGUGUCCACCCCUGUGUUUUUACCAGAGGGCUCUCAAUCCCACCUUUGUUGUGACUUUAAAAAAAAUGGUGACAGGAAACAGACUUAUUCAUUUAAUUCAAGCUGUGGAGCAGAACAGACUACCUACAACAAAUGGUACCCACAAAACAAUGACUUACCCAGUAAUCAGCCAGAGUGUCUGUCGGAUAAAUUGGAAGACUUCACAUACAGAAAUUCAAACGCUGGCAUUGGCAAGACCUUUUGGAGAGAACUGCCAUCUGUCCCCAGCUGGGAUUCAUUCUGUGCUCCUGAUUCUAAUGUAAACCAAAGAGGAUUCAAUGGCCUUAAUUUCUACCAAAGAGCUGGCAACUACUUAGGACAGAGAAGGCUCCCUGAAUCUUCAUCUAACUGGGGAGAUUAUGAAACACCAACAGGCUUAAUGUACUCACAAGUACCACAACCCAAAAAACAACGACUAACAUAUGAAAAAGUCCCUGGAAGAGUGGAUGGACAAACCCGGCUGAAGUUUUUAUGA